AUGUUUGAUAUCCAAGACACCAGAGCCUUUCCAUUGAUGAUUUUAAUCUCAAUCUUCAGCCUUAUCAGCUUCAUCAAUGCCCAACCAAUUUACGAUUACCACCUCCGUCAAGGCCAAGAUGGUGACACUGCAAACCGCAAUUUUGAAACCAAUCUUUCUUCCCUCUUGGAUUCUGUGUCUUCUAAGGCUUCCCUCCAUAAAUUCUACAAUGACUCCUCUAACCAAAUCUACAGUCUCUACCAAUGCAGAGGCGAUGUCAACACUACCACCUGCCACACUUAUGUGAAAGCUGCAGCUCAAGAAAUCCAAGAGCAAUGCCGGUUUGAUAAAAAAGCGAUCAUAUGGUUCGAUGCUUGCAUGGUAGGUUACUCUAAUCAAGACUUCUUUGGAAUUCCAGAGACAUAUACAGGGUACUUGAUGUGGAAUAAUAGGAACAGUACUGAAUCCUCUUCAAGGCCUGAUGCUGGGGCUCUAGCUUUGAUCUAUGAGCUAGUGGAAAAGGCUUCCAAUUCAGAAAGGAUGUUUGAAAUGGAUGAGAGAGUGGCUUUGGAUAAUCCUUCUUGGAAGAUAUAUGGGCUAGUUCAGUGUACAAGAGAUAUCAGUAAUGUUUCAUGCAAAGAUUGUUUAGUGAAGCUGCUGAAGAACAUUGAACAGUGCUGCCGAGAGAGGUUAGGGUGGCGUAUUAUGCGCCCAAGUUGCCAUUUAAGAUACGGACAAAUCUUCGACCAGCAACCCAUGCGCAGUUCAGCAAGACGAAGUGAAAAACCAGUUGCCCGACUGCGAAAUCAACUGGAGCAACAAUAUCUGGAACAUCAACAGCUAUUGGAAAGUAUUCUAGAUCGACAGGAUUAUUUGGUUCAACAGCUCUGUCGAACUCUGGGAAACCAAAUACCACCUACCCGAAUCCACUCUGACCCUGGAGAAAAUGUUGUUGCUUCUGAUGCGAGGGGCUUCCGCUGGGCGAACAGAUUCACGACGAAUGAAGUUGCAUCCAAAUCCAGCAGCAGGACCAGUUAA